AGACCGCUGCAGGCGACCUCUCCUCCCCUCAGUAAACUACCUUUGCAGUUCUCUUUCCUUGUGGAUCCACCUGCUCCUUCAUGCCAGGAGGGACUAUACUUGCCCCAGUUUGUGCACCCAACACCUGCACACGGACAGCGCAUUCAUGCAGAGGUCAACAAAGAGGUGGAGAUCAGAAUCAAAGCACAGGCUUCAUAUGCAGCAAUACAAGAUAUCAUCAUGAGCGGGCCAAUGAAUAUGACCAAGCACAGAACCACACAUAAUGAGUUUGUGCUUCGGUGGACGCCGUUCUCCAGCGAUCUGGGAGAUUAUUUCCCAGUGUGCUUUGCUGUUGAGUCGGCGACAGGGUCCGGCGUCUAUCAGUCCGAGAUGAGGUGUGUCAUCUUGAAAGUUGGAACAGAGGAAAUUAAAACCAACGUGAUCUGCUCCGAGUCUGAAAUGAGAGUAGAGAUUGAGAGAUCAUCCCUCCGUGGACUCCGUGAGGAUCACCUGCGUCUCAGUGAGCCCAGCAACACCCUCUGCAGCCUGGAGAGAUACUCCAACAGCACUCACAUCAUCGGCGUCAUCCCUCUCAAUGCUUGUGGCACUCGGAUCGAGGAAGACGAGGAACAUCUCAUUUUCAAGAAUGAAAUCACCACAGUGGAUGACAGCAGAGCUCUGAUCACCAGGAAGCAUAACCUGGAAGUAGAGUUCUACUGUCAGUACCCCAAAAAGGGGAAUGUGUCACUGGGCUUCACGGCACACAGGAAGACUGUGGAAGUGUUUGAUAAAGGCUUCGGCACGUUCACCUACCAGUUUGAGUUUUACCCCGACAACCAGUUCAGAAGCAUCAUUGAUCCGAGUUCGUACCCUCUGGAGUACGACGUAGGGCAGAAGAUUUACAUGGAGAUAGAUGCUUCCUCCGUAGUCAACGACACCGAGAUGUUUGUGGAGUCCUGCAGAGCCUCACCGUACGACAACCCCAAUUACCAACCAACCUACUCCAUCAUUGAAGACGGGUGCCCCGUGGACCCAACUGUGAUGAUCCAUGAGACCAACAACAAGAGACAGUUUAGAUUCUGCAUCGAGGCCUUCAAGUUCAUCGGUUUGCACGAUCAGGUAUACAUCAGCUGUUCAGUAAUGAUGUGUGAAGCAGGGAAUCCCAACAGCAGGUGCUCACAGGGAUGCAUCAACUCCACGUCAAACGAUCACCACCACCGCCGAAAGAGGGACUCUGUCAUCCAGACUGCAACGCACUUCGUUUCCCAGGGUCCUCUGCGCUUGAGGAGGUCAGCAGACAUCAGCAUGAGUGCAGGGAACAACCUGAACCUGAACCUGGUCUUCAUCGCUGGAUGUCUUCUCGCUGCUGUUGCCAUGAUCUGUGGAGUGCUCCUGCACAGGGCCAAAAUGUCAAAGGUCAAAUACCAGCGUUUGGCCUCGAGUGAAAGUUAA